CCAUUGGCCUAUCGGGUUUCGUUUGGGGGGGGAGGUAAAAUAAACGGCGUCACGUGACCGAGACCCGGAAAUGACUGUAGGUCUCGGUGGCGCCAUGGUAACCGCCCGGUAGAGAGAGAGGUUUUGCUUUCUUCAUUCGGUAAUCCCAUGAUCGAGGAGGUAAUCCUGCCGCUAACCUGAUGUAAACGGUCAGGAAUGGAGUUGGAGCUGUACGGCUCCAUUUUUCAUCGGGGGCGGUGCUGAAGUUGCCACUUAUGGUGGACAAAUCCUUAUUAUCAUCGCAUUAACAGUUUUUCCUCUAAAUUAGUGCGGACAACUGUAGCUAGAACAGCAUUUGUUGCUCAUUUCCAAUUUUUUUUCCUUUACACGUUCACGGGAUGAGGGCAUUUAUUGCAGAAGGCAGUUAAGAGUCAACCACGUUGCUGUGGGGCUGGAGUUACGUAGUCCAGACCAAGUAAGAUGGCAGUUUCCUUCUCUAAAGGGCAUGAGUGAACCAGAUGGGGUUUUCCUGACAAUCGGCAAUGGAUUCUCAUGGUCAUCAUUAAACUCCUAAUUCCAGAUGGCUAUUGAAUUCAAAUUCUAGAAUCUGCUAUGGUGGGAGUUUGACCCAGGUCCCCAGUACACGACGCCGGUCUCUGGAUUAACAGUCCAGUGAUAAUACCACUAGGCCGUUGUGCCCUGUCCAAUUGCCAAUUUUAAUCACGUAGUCUGGAGUCAGGCUUAGGUGAAGAGGUAACCAGGUAAGGUAGGCAGUUUUCCUAAAAAAAGCAUCCAGAAUAGGAGAUUACCUUUUAAUUCCAGAUUUUAAUUAAUACAGAUUUUACCAUCUGCUGUGAAGGGAUUUGAAUGCAUGUCCCCAGAAACAUUAGCCUGAGUUUCUUGAUUUUAAUGGUCCAAGUAUUAUUACCACUUUAUAAUGUACUGUAAUGAUAGGGGUAAUUAUGUCCCAGUGUCUGCUGACAGCCCCUGCAUGUGUAUGAAAGGUGCACAUUCUUGAACUGAAGUUCAGCUUGAUGUCUUGAGAUGAAUGGAGGGAGAGAGCAGGGAGAAUAAUUAGUGGAGAGGGGAUUAUUACUCCCUGCCCUACUCUCUCGGCCUUCCUUCCUUCCCUAUUAGUAUCUAUGUCUCAGAUGUAACUGUAUCAAGCCUCAUCCCUUGUUGCUUUGAGUUAGUUAUUGUAACUGUUUGUUUGCUAUCAUUUUUUAUUGUGACGACAAACCUGUUUAAAUGCAUGUCCUCCCGUUCUGGCGAAUGUGUGGUGUUAAUAUUACUGUCUCUUUGUAUCCGGUUCCAGUGUCACUGCUUUGAUUCCCAUGUCUAACUCUUCAGGUCCCCACUCUUUUCCCCUCCCACCAAGCUCUUGCUGUCACCCACCAUGUCCAUACUUCACUACAUUACCUUCCCACUCCAAUCAGAAGCCCCAAUAAGCACGUUAUUGUCCUUGGGAAGAUUAAUAUUUAAACAAUUUAGGAAAAAAGCUAUUGCCCACAUAGUUCUCUUCCUGGCCUUUGAGGCAGGGUGUCUUGGAAAUUAAUUCCUAGGCUCUCCAGGACACUUCUGGAGGGUUGCAAUCUGCAUGUUGGAGUUUUACUUCAUUAAUUGUGGGUCAUGGAUGUCAUUGGUUAUAGAACAUUACAGCACAGUACAGGCCCUUCGGCCCUCGAUGUUGUGCCGACAAGCAUUUGUUGUUGAGUUUGAGAAGGUAGUGGUGAGCUGCUGCCUUAACCGCAACAGCCCAUGUGCUUUAGGUAGACACAAUGCGUAUGAAGAAAAUUCAAUUUCCAAUCAGUUGGAAAGAUUUUUAAAAAAUGCCAAAUUCACCAGUGAGACCCACAUCUGAUGUCAAAAUAAAAUGGAUGAAGACCAGGAAGUUUUUCAGAGUUGCUUCGCCAUUUUAACCUUGGUGGCAACCUCAUUUACACAUGUCUGCAAUAGUUCAAAUAAAGUUCAAUUAGAAGAUGAAGACUUAAGUCUGAGAAAUCUCCAGACAAAAAUAUAUAAUUCAGUUUAAUAGUAUGUAGAUGUGAUAUACUCACUUUCGCAACCAGUGUACAUAACAAAAACAAUGAUAGUAUAAUUUACAAUUUAAAGUUAUUUAAGGGAUAGAAAACUCUGGCAGCUCAAACAUGAUCACUAUCUGUGUCCCAACUUGCAUCGUGCCCCAUUAAGCUAUUGGUCCUGUACUUGCAGACCUAUGUUGUAUCCUGGUUAAGCAAAGCCUUCAUUUUAAAAUUCUCAGUUUUGUUCUCAAAUUCCUCGACGGCCUCACCCUUCCCUAAUCUCUCAUCUUCUCCUCUUCCACAACUCUGAGAAACGUGCUGAUCUAAUUCUGGUCUCUUGAGUAGUUCUGAAUUUAAUUAUUCCAGCUUUGGCAGUUGUGCGUUCAGCUGCCUGCGCUCAAGAUCUGAAAUUCUAUUCUUUAAUCUUUGUCUCUUUUCCUCCUGCGAGAUGCUGCUUAAAGCCUACUACUUUGAUCAAGCUUUAGUUCAUUUGAUAUUCUUCAUCUCAGUGUCAGAUGUUGAUGUCUAAUGUUCCUGUGAAGAGCCUUGAGAAUUGCAACACAUUGUCUCAACCCCUCAGCAGCCUACCAUACCUUUUAGUCUAAAGAAAUGGAACCCUCAACAACAGAAACUAUCCUGAUCACUGGCGGGGGAGGUUAUUUAGGAUAUAGGUUGGGCUGUGCCCUGCACAAGGUGGGCAGAAAGGUGAUCCUCUUUGAUAUCCACAAGCCAAUUCAGCAUGUGCCUGAUGCAGUAAUGUUUGUAAAGGGAGAUAUUUGCAACUACCAAGAAGUAGACCAUGUAGUAAAGAAUGUAGAUUGUGUUUUCCACUUAGCUUCAUAUGGCAUGUCAGGGAGGGAACAACUAAAUAAAAAACUAAUCGAAGACAUCAAUGUUAGAGGGACAGAGCAUGUGAUCCAGGCCUGCCUGAACAAUGGGAUAUCAAGACUGCUUUACACAAGUACGUAUAACGUUGUGUUUGGAGGCCAAGUAAUUAAAAAUGGGGAUGAAUCUCUACCUUAUCUUCCACUGCAUCUUCAUCCAGAUCACUACUCGAGGACUAAAUCUUUAGCAGAGAUGAAGGUGCUUCAAGCAAAUGGAACAAAGCUAAAGAAAGGCCCUGGUGUUUUAUACACCUGUGCCCUACGUCCAGCAGGCAUUUAUGGACCUGGUGAGCAAAGACAUCUUCCCAGAAUAGUUAGUUAUAUUGAGAGUGGACUGUUCAAAUUUUUGUAUGGAGCAGCAGAUAGUUUGGUGGAAUUUGUCCAUGUUGACAACCUUGUUUCUGCGCACAUACUGGCAUCUGAAGCUCUGACAGGAAGAAAAAAUUACAUUGCUGGUGGUCAAGCUUAUUUUAUCUCUGAUGGCAAGCCAGUGAACAACUUUGAAUUUUUCAAACCAUUAGUAGAAGGCCUUGGAUAUAAAUACCCCACAAUUCGGCUGCCACUCGGACUCGUCUAUUUUGUUGCUUACCUCACAGAAAUCAUUCAUUUUUGUAUAGGUGGCAUUUAUAAUUUUCAACCAUUUUUGACUCGCACAGAAGUUUAUAAAACAGGAGUCACUCACUACUUCAGCCUGCAGAAAGCUAGGAAAGAACUAGGGUACAACCCACAGGAAUAUAAUCUUAGUGAAGUAGUGGAGUGGUUCAAAACACAUGGUCAUGGGCGGAAGGUAACUCGGUACAAUAUUAAAUGCUUUACAUGGGAUGUGAUUUUUUUAAUGUUGCUGUCUGCUGUUAUCAUGUCUUGGAUUCCAGUAGUUUCAGCGUAGCAUUCUAUGUAGCUUGUUUCAUUUGUCGUUCCUCACUGCCUGGACUCUAAUUGGGAUACCUUGAAAAUAGAGGCUACAGCCUGAUCCUCAGUACGUUACCAUAUCUCAAGGAAUUAACCAGACUGCACUACACAUGACAUACCAAGGUAGAAACACCUGGUUGAGUUUCGAAAUUGUCUAAAUGUGGCAUCUUUAUCGGCAAGAUCUUUAUUUUGGUCAGUUACUUUGUUAGACAAAUGAAUAAGGGAAAUUCAAAGAAAGCUUUGAGCACAUUAGCACAGAAGACAAUACCGUGGUUUUCAUAUCCUCUAUUCUUACAACCUUCGAUUGUAUGUUAGGCAUAAAGAUGAGCUGAAAUCCUUAAUGAUCUUUUAAACCCAAAGGCGCCUAAAGGUGAUUCACAAUAGAUAAGUUUGGAAUUACCCUUAUCCUCCAGAAUGCGUUGAGAGUAAGAAACUGUCACUAUACUGAUGGGAGGCAAUAUUCCAUUGGUUUAAAUCCUUAUUUCAUUUUGAUUUUGCCUAUAAAAUUUAGGAUAAACAUUAAAAUUAAGUGUUAAAGAUGAAUUGGAAGUUUUUUUUGUCACUGAACCAUAGGAUACUGUUGAACAGGGUGUUAAAGCAAGUACAGCAAACCUUUUAUUAACUGGCACAUAUGGGACCACGAGUGUGCCGGUUCAUCAAGAAGUCCACAUAUUCAAUGUAAAAGUGCACGGUAAUAAAAACGUAAUGCAGGUGGUAUGCACAUUACUGUUAAAUUUUAUUUGCAGCAUAAAUUACUUAAAUAAUAACGUAACUUUGCCUUAAAUAAAAUUUUUCAGCAGAGAACCUUCUCUCUCGUAGCCUGAACUGACUACUCGGACAUCGCAAUAAUACAGUAAACUUCCAGUAUUUUAGGAAUUUUGUUUUGCUAGUUUGUCUAGAGUGCCAGUUAAAGCAAAAUUUUCUGUAUUUGGAUUUAACUCACUAAAUGGAUAAAAGUAGGGAAUUAAAGACAUUAUUUGUAUUCUGAUCCUUCUAUGAAGAUACACCAUGAAGCACUGUACUGUUCACACUGAAACUUGUGUGAAAUAGUUUAAGUGGUUUGAAGGUUAAAUUACAGUUAAAUUCAUGCUAUAAUUGUAGGAGUAUAUAAUUCUCUAAAGCAGCACAAUAUUAAAUGAUGACAUAAAUUAUGAUAAAUGAGAUAAUAUUUUCUUUUCCAAUUUCUGCAUGCCUCAGUGUUUCUGAUCAUUACUAUUUGAAGCUUUUUUUAAAUGUAGAAGAAAAUUGUGGCUGUUUUGCACCAGUAGAUGAAGUGCCAGCCAGGCUUUGAGUUUGGAAUAAGGAUAUUAGGGCAAACAGGGAGAUUCUUAUACAUUGGUGGCAUGAGUUCCUUGCCCAAGAGCAGGAAAAUAGGAACUGCAGCAGGACAGCACUCAGCCAAAGCUAUACACAGUGUAGAUUGAGGUUAAAUUCUGAUCAGGAGGUUUUUGUCCCCUCCAGAGAGAUAAGAAUGUGACUUGAGGCAAACUGACGUGUAGCCAAAAAUAAAUGAUUGGUUAGCCUGAAUUGAGUAGCCCUCCUUCAAUCUUCCUUGGUCACAGAUACAUGAACUUCGAUUUAUACUUUAAUCACAUACCUGUAGUCAUGUGCUUUAAAAUUGAGAAAAAUAAUUCAGCUAGUUUAACGGUGAAAGACAUACUGAGAAAAAUAAAGCGUGUUUACUAUAACACAUAUUACCUGAGUAAUGGGUUUUGGAUAAUUCUUUAUUAUUUUUAUCUGAUAUUGCAAAUCAUGUAGUUAUUCUGCUGAAAUAUGCAUAAUGGAUAUUGGUCUUUUUCAGAUCUUAUUUUAAAUUUGAAGUAAUUUACUGCAAAUCUGUUAACUAGAAAUGAUAAAAUUGAGAUGGUGCCCAUAUAAAUGUGCACAAUUGGUGCACACUGAGUUGAAAUAGAAAACUAUUUUAGGAGUGAUCAUUCAAAGAUCUGCUUCUUUGGUGUACUAAGCUUAAUAUUGUUUGUGCAGAUGCAGUACUGUAAUUUUUUACUGAGAUUUGCAAAAGUAUAACCUUCGUUUAGCGUUCUGGUGUAAUAACAGUUUUUUUUAGAUAAAGCCUUUUGUAACUAAUAAAUAUGUUCUAUGGCCAGAUCUGAUACGAUAAAUUUAAUGUACAUGAAUAUCUUAAAGAUGUCUGUUGAAAUAGUAAGUUCCAGCUAACCUUUUAAAGUGUUUUAUGUAUUAUAGUUAAAUGACAAAAUUGAAAAGAAAUGUUUUUGAUGUUCUAUGGGGUCUA